CAGCACAUGCACCAGCCACUGAACCUUCUAUUACGUUAAUGUCAUAUGAUCAGUUUGCAAAUUGAUAUUGAAUUCAAGGGAGUGUCUUGAUUUUAUUGUAGUAUCUGUUUAAAAUAAACAUGUUCAAAUUAUUUUUGUGCUUUGUAGCUGCGUUAGUUGCAGUCAAAGCAAGUGGAGAUUUUGUAGUACUACACAGUCCAAAUAGCGUUAUAUUCAAUGGGAAUGAAGAAGUGGAGCAAAGCUUGCUGAAGGAAGUAUUAGCUGCUGCCUUAGGCUUCACAGUCAAAUUGAGAGGAAUAUGGAGCGGCAUUUCUAUCACUGAUCCGUUUAGAUUGCCAGAAGCUGUGGUUGCAAUAGUGAUAGAAGGAGUAGAUUCUUUAGAUAUACCAAAAGGCAAAAGAUUUCCUUUAAAUGUAAAUGAAGUUGAAGAAACUACUUGGCAGGCUCUUAGAGAACGUUUAGAAGAAAGAGACAAUGAUAAUACUUUAGUGAGGAUAUCGUUGGGCGAUGGUUUAGAUGCUCUGGGACAGUCGGCUCUUGGAGAAUUGAAACCCACUCCCAUUGAUGAAACAUCUUUAAGAUCUUUAAGUUUAAGAAAAGAGGAGGACAAAAAAUUCCUCGAGGAAGUACAGUUGCUUCAUGCCAUUGCCAAAAAAGUACCCUCAGCAAUCAAACCAGAUUCAAAGUCUGAUAUUUAUUGGCUUGUUAUAUCUAGUUUGCGCCCCAUUUUUGAUACUUAUGGAAGUAAUUCAACUACAUCUAGGGAAGCUCUGUCAUUGUUUGAUAAUGCUCUGAAUGUUAUUCACGAUGCAUUUAUUCAAGCUUAUGACGGUCAGGUAUUAAUUGUGGCAUUCACGAAUGAUGCAAGUAAGGUACAUCAUAUCCGUUCAGUAACUCUAGAAAGGCAAAAACGGGAUACUUCAGAUAGGCAAGAUGAUCAACGUGAUGAAAAGAAAAACAUAGAAGACGAAGAGGAUUCGAAUACAAAUAAUAAUAAGACUAGCAUACCCCACAGUGACAUGAAAAAUUCGACUGCGAAUAACGAUACUCGUGAUGAUAGUGGAAAUCAGGAUUUGACUAAUAUGGAGCAUAAAACAUACCUCGACAUACAAAGUAUAGGACAGGAAAAGCUGAAUCUCGCGAAAACGUACUCGGAAAAUUAUCCGGUCAUCUUUAAUAUCCUCUUAUGGUUUGGAGUUUUUUAUGUCUUUUCACUAAUUGCUAUUUGCAUUGCCAUUUCGCAAAUGGAUCCAGGCCGGGAUUCUAUAAUAUACAGGAUGACUUCUAAUCGUAUGAAGAAGGAUAAUUAAAAUGAAUGUGAAUACAAGUUGACGAUGCAAAAGUUAAAGAAAGAAAGAAAAAAAAAAUGUUCUGCAUAUAAUCUGUACUUAAUUUAUCGACUAUCGCGUGAUAAGAAUUAUCUUAUCAUAGAAAGAAUUGAUGUGGUAUCCUUUUUUUUUUUUUUGUAUAUUAGAAAUUUAAUGAAAUCGCCGCAGUAUAUCUCUCGCGUAUGAAAUCGACCUGUAAACAGCCGAUCAUCAAUUACAUCAAUCACACAAUUGUCUAGAUUUUCCCCGUGUGUAACAAUCUGUAAAACUGUUCAAUACGUAGAUCAGAUUUGCCAUGAGCGAGUACAAAUAAUAGCAGAACAUGUAUUUAAAUGAUUUCACGGAAGUUGAGUUGAAAGAAAACUUUGUUACAUAAAGUAAUUAAUAAAUAGAUAGAUAGUAAUUGAAUUGUGAUUUAUAAGACAGAUCAUCAAUAUGUUGUGUUGUAACUGCAGAAAUUAAAGGAACUUUUUGAAACUUAAA